ACCUGAUGUUAGCCCAGCGGAGCGACAGCAAACAGACGGUGUGAUGAGCAACUAGCUAGCAGAGACUUAGCAUUUUUUGGAAAACAUCUGAUGCACGACACCUAGUUAGCUCGCUAUCAACCUGUCAAAUCUGCCAAAGCGCUGAUGCAGUCUGUCUCCGUGGAGCCGGGCUGCAGCAGCAGCAGCAGCAGCUGUGGCGCCCCCUCUGGCUCGGUGGUGCAAGUGUGCUUCCCCAGCGUGCAGGCGUCUGUCUUGGACAGUCUGAACCGGCAGCGGGAGGAGGGCCGGCUCUGUGAUCUCUCCAUCCAGGUGCAGGGGCAGGUGUUCAGGGCGCACCGCUGCGUGCUGGCCGCCUCUUCACCCUACUUCCACGACCAGGUGCUGCUGAAGAACAUGUCCACAGUCUCCAUCCCGGCAGUCAUGGACCCGCUGGCGUUCGAGAGCGUGCUGAGCUGCGCCUACACCGGCCAGCUGCGGAUGCUGCGGGACGAAAUCGUCAACUACCUCACCGUGGGCAGCGUGCUGCAGAUGUGGCACAUCGUGGACAAGUGCACCGAGCUGCUCAAAGAGGGGCGGGGCGGGGGCGGGGCCGGCGGCCAGCCGGGGGGCGGGGCCCAGGGAAACCCCGGCUGCAGCAGCAGCAGCCUGGUCGGGGCAGGGACUCCGGCCGGCGACGCCCACUCCGCGCCCCACCCGCCCAGCCGCCCCGCCCUCAGCGAGAGCCAGUCCCCCAGCAGCACCAACUACUUCAGCCCCCGAGAGGCCGGCUUCGGGGGCGGGGCCACGGCCGCCGGCGCCGUGGGAGACGGGGGCCUGAACUCCACCCCCAGCUACUGCACACCCUCCGGCGGGGAGGAGGGCUUCUUGAUCGAGGAGGAGGACGAGGAGGAAGAGGAGGAAGAGCUGCUCUACCCCAGGAAGCAAGAGAGAGGGAGCAGCCGGAGGAAGAAGACAGCGUCCGUCUCCGACCAGGAGGUGGGGGUGAGCGACAGUUUUGGGGUGUCCUCCUACCAAGGCGGUGACCCCUCCCCUCCGCAGAAGCGCCCCACCUACAGCCAGCCCAGCAUCAUGCCGCGGAAGCAGUGGGUGGUGGUGAAGACGGAGCGGCCACAGGACGACGAGCUGAUCGUGGUGUCGGGCGAGGAAGGGGGCGAGGAGGAGGAGGAGAGGGAGAUGGAGAUGGAGAGGGAGAGAGAGAGGGAGAGGACCUUCAACAUCUCCGACGUGAGGACUCUCUCCGCCGAGCUGAACAGAGCGGAUGCUGACAUGCAGGCACAGGUGGAUUACUGCCAAUCGUCUGAAGACUACCUCAAGUUUGACAGUGGUUUGAUGGAUCAGACACCGCCACAGCACCACAGCAGCUCUGCCAACUCCAGCCAGGGGAGUAACCGGGCUGUGUCUGCGUUACUGGGCCCAGUCCAGUCGAGAGCGCAGCUUUUCCCCAUAGACAUGCAGGGUAAUCAGAUUCUCCUCUACAGCCAAGCUCCGCUGGACCCCUCUCCUCCAAUCACAGCCGGAGCAGGGCUGGGGGGCGGGGCUUCGCUCAAAGGGAUGAACCUGGAGCACGGAGCGGUCCACCUCUCGGGGCACGGCGGCAGCGGGUUGGACGGUCUGGAUGGGGCCGGGGGCGGGAGCUCGGGCAAGGUGUUCAUGUGUCACUGCGGGAAGACGUUCACGCACAAGAGCAUGCGGGACCGGCACAUCAACAUGCACCUGGACCUGCGGCCCUUCCACUGCCCCGUCUGCGCCAAGAAGUUCAAGAUGAAGCACCACCUGACGGAGCACAUGAAGACGCACACGGGGCUCAAGCCCUACGACUGCCACGGCUGCGGCAAGAAGUUCAUGUGGCGCGACAGCUUCAUGAGACACCGUUCCCACUGCGAGAGGCCCGGGGGAGGUGGGGAGGGCGGAGGGGGCCCUGAGGGGGGGGCCGUGGUCUCCCCGCCCCACCACCAGCACCACCUGAACAGCGAGAUCAAUCAGAGCAGCAUUGGCGGCAGAAGUGGGAUUCCCCCGAGCGGCAUUGGUGGGAGAGGUGGGAUCUCCGUUCUGUCCCCCCAUCAUUCCAGUGGAAGCGGCGGCGGUCUGUCUGGGCUGACUAUGGCUGGGCCGGGGUCUCUCCUGGGAGUCUCCCCGCAGAGCGCGGCACACAGUCUGGGGUCGGCCGUUUUAGGGUUGGGCGGCAGCCGUGGCGGUUGUGUGGAUGAGGUGUGUGAGGUGACCGUCAGCGAGAGCAGCGUAACUUAACUGUGACACGGGUAGAGACAGCGGUUGCGUGUACGACCAGGUGCUUCGGUAGUAUGCUUUGUUUAUCGUUCUACUUUUUUGGUGAGAUUUUAAAAAAAUGCAUUUAACUGCCUCAAACACAUCUUGGCCAAGUUGACUUCAGUUUAACUAACCUUUUGGCCAUUUGUACAGUUCACUGCUUGUUCUAAUAUCAGUGUCAUUGUGCAUCAAAUGACAGGUUAGUAUACCAAAUAAAAUAGAAAGAGCCCUGACCAUAACCCCCAGACUCGCCACUGGAGUGUUGAGAAUUGAGAAAUAAAAUGUACACUGUUGUUUUCACUAAGUGGUGCCACUCUAGUGGUUGCUCCUUCAGUUUUGCUGUCGAUACACAAAUGCAUCUUAUGCAUUACGGAUCAGGUUACACCAGAGACUAAAGCCACAUUCAGUUACAUUCACUGCCAUACAAGAAUUUCUCUGUUGAAAUUUCCAUCAAGGAAUGAACCAUUUUGAAAGGGGACAUUUAUGUCUACCGACAGCCAUAUAUAAACACAUAAUGGUCACAGACUGGUGCAGCUGACCAGUUUGUUUAGUAUAAAUGGCAGGUUUUCAUAUCAAAUGAGCUCUGAUUGGCUCAUCAUUGUCCGGUUAAUUUUAUACUACUGUACCACAAAGUUCUGGGUUAUGGCAUAUUGUGGCUGUUUCAUUCUCGUGUUGGCCUGUAGAUACGUGUGCACUAGUCUACACAGGGUGUGUGAGUUCUUCACCUGCUAACGUUGCAUCUCUAGUUACAUUUUCGUGAAAAGGGGGACCUGAUGAAGCCAAAUGGGCAGAUAUCGGUCAGGAGCACCGACCGCUGUAGUGAACAGGAUUCCGAUCUCUGCCACUGUCUCGGCUCCGCCUCUCUCCUGUGAACUAAAGAAUCAUGGGAUUCCCGAGACGUUUUUGGAUCCGUACAGACGGGGCCUGGGGACGGUUCAUUCGUAAAAGGAGAUGAAAGAGCAAAACUUGCU